AUGGUUCAGAAAGUAUCGGUGGCCCCAUCACAAAGUUUGUUGAAACAGGGAUCCAUCGAAAAGAGAAGGGGAGAAGUUAGUGCAGUUUUUGGGUUCAAGGAAGGGGAGGUUUUAGGACCUAGAGACUCGGCGUUGGAAGACGAACUUAGUGAGGAAGAACAAGAAGAACUGCUGGAGUUGGUACCUUCUGAAUACCAUGGUUUCUUGCAUAUCUUUAAUCCUAAGGUGGGAGGAGAGACGUGUAACGGUACUGGAAACACGACGACUAGGUCGCAGGUUGGGUCGAACUCGAUGGAUGUCUCGUGGAACUCUAGGGGCUCUGGUGCUAAUGGAUCGUGUCUCCUCUACAAUCGAUGUAGCCAAAGAAUGAUAUUGAAGAAUCAGCAAAAGUAUCCUUCCAACUCUGACCUGUCUUUGUCUCCUUCCACCUCCUCCCGUCAAACUCGAGCUUCUACCUUGGCAAUCCUGCCUGACGUCGACCCCGAACUCCUUAUGCGUAAAACGAAAAGAAUGAGAAUUACGUCUGAAGCCGCUUCCUCUCAACCCCCAUUGGUUGAUGCGUCUCGACGAGCUCUCGACACCAUUAAGGAGAAGUAUCAAUCCGGUCCUUCUCGCGAAGCACAAUCGCUCCUUGAUGACCAUGUCAUCGAGCAAUAUUUCGACUUCGAAGGGGGUGCUGGGCCAUCUGCCACUGGUGAGAACCUAUCUCCCGCCAAAUCCGUCGACUCCGAACACCCUACCGUCGUCGAAAAUGAAAAUUCUCCCGGUAAGCAACCCACUGGUCCUCCUUCUGAGGCUUCCGACGAACUUGUGGAGGUUCCCGAAGAACUUGGUGACAUCUUUCACGCCCCUCGCAAGGUUACCGUCAACCAGGAACUGGUUAAGUUGCUCGAGGAUCGAAAAGACUCCGAAAUCGCUACCCUUUGGGCCAGCAUGACCUUCCCCUCUGUUCGUCUCGCGUUGAAGAACGAAGCUCUGGACCGUUUCCGCGAAACCAACGCCAUCAAGCCCACUGUAAAGUGGUUUAAGAACGCUCUCGAUCGUUUGGCCCAAGGUUGGCGCCUCCGCAACAAAAAUGGUGCUGUUGUUCGGCUAGAGGGUGAGCUCUGUACCGAUUGUCAACGUCGUCUCGAUGGUGGUGAAGACUUUCGUGUUGGUUGUAUUGGCCCUCGGUACUUCAAAAUGUUCGGCGCAGACGUCGAAAGGGGUGUAACUACGGCGUACUUCGGCGUAGUUACUCUAACUAGGGUUUUGAUCUACUGA